CCGCCGCCUUGCCCCCGCCCGCGCGCACGCCGGGGGGCGGAGACGCAGCUGGCUGCGUCCAAACCCGCGGUUGUCGACUUAAAAAGUCAGGGAAGGACCGUCGGCACGUUAAUGGGACCUGUGCCACCCCAGACACUCCCUGGCUCUGUUGAGAUGAUUUGCUUUUGUCCAGACAAACUCCAGUUGGCCUCAUUUUAAGAGGCCACAGGCUCGAUUCCUAAAAUGUGCCCGGCCCCUCCUGGGCAUCCCCGGGCAAAAGGCGGUGGGCAGCUAGGCGGGGCCCCAACAGCUUGGACGCUUGGCUUGGGCGCCCGGCCGCUCCCUGGCCGCCAGCUCCAUCUUGCAACCUGUCUUAACCGUCUGGGGCAGCUUUCAACAUCAGUCUCGAUUUCCAGGCCAGCUGGGAGAACAGCUGCCAUCAAAGCAAGACUGGACACUCUGUGCCCAGAGGCCCCUCUGCAGCUGGCCUGUCCUCCUUGGACCCCACUUCACCUCGCUUUCCUUUCCUCCCAUGCCUGGCUCCCACCAGGGCCCUGGAACAGUGGUAGGCAAGGGAAGUUUGUCACAGCAGCCACAGGGAUCUAACAGGAGUGCAGAGGAAGAGGGGUAGCCUCUGCCCUCUGCCCAGGAGCUGCCCACCUCUUUCAAGGCCAGGGGAGCAUUGGGAGGAAGAACUGUGGGGCAGUGUGGUACAUGCCCACCCUCUCCAUCUAGAGGGGUUGAGAAGGGGAGGGGCACUGGAGGGAACAGAGAUGCAGGACAGAUUGCACAUCCUGGAGGACCUGAAUAUGCUCUACAUUCGGCAGAUGGCACUCAGCCUGGAGGACACAGAGUUGCAAAGAAAGCUAGACCAUGAGAUCCGGAUGAGGGAAGGAGCCUGCAAGCUGCUGGCAGCCUGCUCUCAACGUGAGCAGGCUCUGGAGGCCACCAAGAGCCUGCUGGUGUGCAAUAGUCGCAUCCUCAGCUACAUGGGCGAGCUGCAGCGGCGCAAGGAGGCGCAGGUGCUGGAGAAGACAGGCCGGCGGCCUUCUGACAGUGGGCCGCCUGCUGAGCGCUCCCCCUGCCGAGGCCGAGUCUGCAUCUCUGACCUGCGGAUUCCACUCAUGUGGAAGGACACCGAAUAUUUUAAGAACAAAGGCGACCUGCACCGCUGGGCUGUGUUCCUGCUGUUGCAGCUAGGAGAAGACAUUCAAGACACAGAUAUGGUCCUGGUGGACAGGACCCUCACGGACAUCUCCUUUCAGAACAACCUGCUCUUCACCGAGGCAGGGCCGGACUUUGAACUGCGGCUGGAGCUGUAUGGAGCCUGCGUGGAAGAGGAGGGGGCCCUGGCUGGUGCCCCCAAGAGACUUGCCACCAAACUCAGCAGCUCCCUGGGCCGCUCCUCAGGGAGGCGUGUGCGGGCAUCGCUGGAGAGCGCUGGGGGUUCAGGGAGCAGUCCCAUCCUGCUCCCCACCCCAGCUGUGGGUGGUCCUCGUUACCACCUCUUGGCUCAUACCACGCUCACCCUGGCAGCAGUGCAAGAUGGGUUCCGCACACAUGACCUCACCCUCACCAGCCAUGAGGAGAACCCCACCUGGCUGCCCCUUUAUGGUAGUGUAUGUUGCCGCCUGGUGGCUCAGCCUCUCUGCAUGACUCAGCCAACUGCAAGUGGUUCUCUCAGGGUGCAGCAAGCUGGGGAACGGCGGGACUGGGCACGAGUGCAUGGAGUCCUAAAAGGCACAAACCUCUUCUGUUACCGGCAACCUGAAGAUGCAGAUGCUGGGAAAGAGCCACUGUUUACUAUUGCGAUCAACAAGGAGACUCGAGUCCGGGCAGGGGAGCUGGAGCAGGCUGCAGGCCGGCCCUUCACACUGAGCAUCAGUAACCAGUAUGGGGAGGACGAGCUGAGACACACCCUUCAGACAGAGAGUCGGGGAGCCCUGCAGAGCUGGAUGGAGGCUCUGUGGCAGCUUUUCUUUGACAUGAGCCAGUGGAAGCAGUGCUGUGAUGAAAUCAUGAAGAUUGAAACCCCUGCUCCCCGGAAACCACCCCAAGUAUUGGCCAAGCAGGGGUCCUUGUACCAUGAGAUGGCUAUUGAGCCACUGGAUGACAUCGCAGCGGUGACAGACAUCCUGGCUCAGCGGGAGGGCGCAAGGCUGGAGAAGCCCCCACCCUGGCUAGCCAUGUUUACAGACCAGCCUGCUCUGCCCAGUCUUUGCCCAUCUGCCUCAGCGGCUCCAGCCCAGACCCAUCCCCUGCCCUGGGGGCGACCCCGAACAUUCUCCCUGGACGCUGUCCCCCCAGACCACUCCCCUGGGGCUUCCUGCUCAAUUGCCCCUCUCCCUCCGCACCAAUCCCCACGGUCCAGAGGCCCACCCCGCACUUGGCUGCAGUCACCAGUGUGAGAGAGAAAGGUACUGGCAAGAGGAUCUGGCCAGAAGAGGAGAUGACCUGUAUGCACCUGGGCUCUGGAUACAGUGCUGGCCGUAGCAGGUUGGCCAGCUUGGCCUCCCCUUCCUCCGCUGGACCUGGGUAGGCUGGGGUGGGGGGAGCGGAAGCCCCUCUUAAGCUAUGGUUGCCAUGGUGCUGAGGGACUCAUUCCUGGGGCUGGCUGAGACCCCUUAAACCCUUCCUGGGAGAAAACUGGAACCAACCCUGCCCUACCUCCUGCACUAACCAGCUUUGAGGAUGGCACUGAAGAGCCUUGGGAGGGAAAGCACCUCCCUUGUGACUCCCACAUCAACCAUUAAAGUUAUUUAACAGCA